AUGCUGGCAUCCUUCAUUCAGUCUGGAGGUGACAACUACCUCAACGCAGUGAGGUAUGAAGUGACGGAAGAUGUCCAGGUAGCGAACCUCGAAAGAGCUUGGCAGCAGCUUCAACAACGACAUCCUAUGCUGAGAACUGGCUUUGUGCCCGUGCAACACGCAGAAUCCUCUUUUGCUAUGGUGAGGUAUGAAGCAGGAUCAAUAGAGACGACUAUGAACCGUCUGUACUUGGUUGAAGACGAAGAGGCCGACCUCAUCCAGAUGAAGACUGAUGCCAGCAAAUCGAUGCUUUCUUCGCUGCACCACCCACCUUGGAGUGUGAUUCUGGCUCAAACAUCCCAAAUCAAUACCAUGAGCCUCAUCAUUCACCAUGCUCUCUACGAUGCUCCCGCACUCCACUUGAUGCUUGAUGAACUUUCACAACUAGUCAAGGGCAAUCAACUACCCCGACCUACGACCAUCGAGCCUGCAGUAUCAGCCAUUAUGGGAAUGGCACUGAAUGACAAAUCUACAGAGAAGGAAUUCUGGAAGACCAAAGCCAGCAAGAUCGUUGUUAACAAGUUCCAAUAA